GGAAACAAGAGGUGUAUAGAGACAGAGGACGAGGGGUCAGCAGGACAGCAGGUGGAUUCCAAACACAACAGAAUUGUCAGGAUGUUGCACCUCGGUUUGGUCUGUCUGUCAGUGCUGUCAGUCAGCUUGGCAAGGCCCCGCCUCCCUCCACUUUCUCAUGAGAUGGUCAACGAAAUCAAUAAAGCCAACACCACAUGGAAAGCGGAACACAACUUUCGCAACGUUGACUACAGCUAUGUGAAGCGGCUGUGUGGGACCCUGCUGGACGGCCCUGAAGUCCCUGUCAUGGUACAGAAUGCUGAAAACGUGAAGUUGCCAGAGAGCUUUGACGCCAGGGAACAGUGGCCAAACUGCCCCACCAUCCAGGAGAUCCGAGACCAGGGCUCCUGUGGUUCCUGCUGGGCUUUUGGAGCUGCAGAGGCCAUCUCUGACCGUGUGUGCAUCCACAGCAAUGGCGAGGUCAAUGUGGAGAUCUCCUCCCAGGACCUGCUGACCUGCUGCCGCCGCUGUGGCAUGGGGUGCAAUGGAGGAUACCCCUCUGCUGCCUGGAACUUCUGGUCCACUGAAGGGCUAGUUUCUGGAGGACUGUAUGACUCUCACACAGGCUGCAGACCCUACACCAUCCCGCCCUGUGAGCACCAUGUGAACGGGUCACGACCUUCCUGCACAGGCGAACACGGUGACACCCCUGAGUGUGUGAAACAGUGCGAUCCAGGAUACAGCCCCUCCUACACCGAGGACAAGUACUAUGGAAACGGUGCAUACCGCGUUCCCGAUGACCAGGUACAGAUCAUGAUUGAGCUCUACAAGAACGGUCCUGUGGAGGCCGCCUUCCUUGUCUUUGAAGACUUCCUGCUGUACAAGACUGGAAUAUAUCAGCAUGUGAAAGGCACUCCAGUGGGAGGCCAUGCCAUAAAGAUACUGGGCUGGGGAGAGGACCAUGGCACCCCCUACUGGCUGGCUGCCAACUCCUGGAACACUGACUGGGGUGACAAUGGAUUCUUCAAAAUCCUGCGGGGGAAGAACCACUGUGGCAUCGAGUCCAUGAUUGUCGCUGGGCUCCCCAGAAAGUAGGUUCCAGCUGUCAGCCAGGUUUGCACCCGUGUCCACGGAUGUCCGGCCGAGAGACUCAGUCUGCUGUUUGCACUCCAGCUUUAUGGCGCAAUCCAACAUGAAUGCUCUGACUGCUCAGUGUAGUCUUAUUUGAAAUACUUGCCCUUUUAAAAAAAAAAAAAAACUCUUCUAGGGCCUAUUCUCCUGCUGUAACUAUGCAAAUGAGUCCUCUUUAAAUUUUUCAACUGAACCUGUGCCAGACUGGGGCUCAGACUCCAGAAUCUGCUAAAAGCACUUCCAGUGACUGGCUGUGAUUUAGUUUGCUGUUCAGUGUUUCAGUAGGCACUGCAGUUUUAUUGAGAAUUGUUUUCUGUACUCCCUGAAUGAAGCUGAUUUGUUUUUUUUGUAUUUUUAAAUGUUGUGAUGUGACAAUUUUCAUGUGC